AUGGGUACGAGGAACCCUGUUCGUCCAGGCGACAAAAACACUAUCGCUACCAGCCGUCUCAUCGGCCGCCACCACCGCUCCUCGCCUAACUCUGUGGAGCCACCACAAACCAUGAACGAAUACGUCAACCACGGGGCACCUUCCGCACACUAUAGUCAUUCUCAGUCGUAUAAGUACCGACGUGGUGGUGGUGGUGGCGGCAGUAGUAGUAGUUCCCAUUACAUGCCUCUCCAGCCGCCCUCCGUGAUGCCUAUUUAUCAUCACCCUAUGACUCCAAGGGUGGUGGCAGCGCCCGGGCCUCCAUUCAAUGUGUGCAACUUCAAUUGUUCUGUUCCAAUUAUUCCUCAACAGUUGACCCUCCCUCCACCCCCCAACCUGCAUGAAAACACUCCGCCAGCACCGCGUUUGGAAAGCGGUGGAUGCGAGCAGGACGAUGCUACCGAAACAUCGCCCAGCACCACCUCUAUUUCCACCCAGACUCCUUCGUCUACGCCUCCUCAAAAGUCCCUUCAGAACCCCGUGGCACAACUUCAGUGUUAUCCGGUUUUGAGCUACCUUGAUUCGUUGUCAGUUUACAUGUGGCAGUACUUUUUGGAAACCCGACAAACUCAAACUAAGUACUCUAGGAAAGUCCACUUUAGAAAUGCUCUUCACAUGAUUAUAUCGGCUGUGUUUGGAAAUUCGAAACUCUUUAUUGUCGGGUCAUCUAUAAACGGUUUCGGGUCGGAUCAAAGCGACAUGGACUUAUGCCUUGUCCUUACCUCAGAGGAAUUACAAGCCAGACGAGAAGCUUCAGUUGUUCUCCACCAACUUAUGAUUCCUCUGCGCAAGUGUAUUGACUGGAGAGUGCGCCCACUGGGCAUGUUUGUGAAGCACUGGGCACAAAAGAUGGACAUCCACGAUGGAAGUCGUGGGCGUCUUUCCACCUACCCCCUCCUUUUGAUGCUAAUUCAGUUCCUUCAGUGCGGAUGCUCUCCGCCAGUUCUUCCGAAUCUCCAGGCCCGUUUUCCUAAAAUUUUCACAUACGAGCGGUCCGUGGGCGAACUCGACAUGCGUCUGCAGUUGCCGUGGGGCGAGCUGUCCAGCAGCAACACGGCGACUCUCGCUGAGCUGUUUGCCGGCUUCAUCAGCUACUAUGCUGCCUUCGACUUCAACCAAUGGGCCAUAUCCAUCAAACACGGACAGCCCCUGCCCAUCGACGUGGCCCUUGAUUGCCUUCCGCUCCACGAACGCGUCCACACCUCGUGCUCCUUCAAGAUCUUUGUCGAAGAGCCCUUUAGCCGAGCCAACGCCGCGAGAUCUCUCUACGACGAAAAUGUCCUCUCACACAUUCAACAGGCAUUCCACCGCACUGAUCGUGCUCUUCGGCAACAGAAACCACUCGAGUCUGUUUGGAGUUGUCCGCAUGCCUCUUCCACCGCUACCUCCUUUCAACCGGUCCCACCUGCUCAAACGACGCCGGCGCCGUCCGCCCACCAGCAGCAGCAGCAGCGACAAAGCACCGCCGCCACCGCAAAGUCGGCGGCCUCGCCAAUCGAGGUGGGCUCGUAG